AUGUUGAAAACUGCUGUUCUUCUUCUAAUGACUUGUGCCGCAUUUGCUGCAGCCUUGAAUCAGCAUCGUACUGUUGACAUCAUCGAAAACGGAAUGUUCAUCAAGCAGACUGUUACUCAAUAUGAUGAUCUUCACGUCAUAGAAGUACCACAACAUGGUGAUCGUGCUCACAUCGUGGCUUAUCUGGAUUUUCGUUCGGGUCUUCAACUGAUCAAAGACAUGGAAAGUCAAAGAUGUCAGCUGUCCAACAUGGAAGCAGCAACAAGAAUUGCUCAUUCGAGAAUGGUUUCCGUGAAGUCAACUGACAAUGGUCUUUCGAUGCCCGAUCUUCCAGUCGAUGCAAGUGGUGUGGAAGAGAUUCGUGUUUUCAAACUAGAACGACAAGAUGCAAUUCAAAAUACAUCAUAUCUUCGAUUGGAACUUCAACAAGCAUGCGCUGGCUUAGCAAUUCAUUGGGCUGAUUCGGUGAAUGAGAAUGAUGUCGAUAGAAUGGUGCAAAAUGAUGAAUUAAUGUAUGACAAGCAAGAAAAGAUCAUACUUCAACCAACAAAUCCAGAGAGUAGACUCAGUCGACAAAAUUCUUGUAAUCCAAAUCCUCAAGCAAUGCCUCCGAAUCAGUUUAAUUGUCACGGCAAUUGCGUGAUUCAAAAGUGUAAAAUGACAGGAAGCUCAUGUUAUUACUUUAUUCACUGUCCGAUGAAUGGAAAUGUUGGACAGCAGUGCGUGCAACAUGUUCUUACAGCACCAGGUCAGUGUAAAUUAUGUUGCGAUGACCCAACAUCACCUUGUUCAUCACCUACAAAUGGUGGAUACUGGCAACGUUGUAGCUGUUUGAAUUGGUAG